AUGUCCCAGGCCUCUCGUCUGCUGUUGGUGGACUUGAUCUCUGAAAAGAGCGCAUUUGCGAUAAUACCGCUGCCUUGGCCGCUUGCGUUUCUCGGUGGCGGUGGUGUCACUGUCAACUACAUGGUCUUUGUUGUACCCUCCCGCUCCGAUUUUGACGACAAGUGGCCCAAGGGCUGCAAGUGGAACGAUGUCGCACCAGCUGCCAGCAGACUUGCACGCUCGCAAGCCAGGCAUUCUCGUCCCUUGCUGGGCUGGAGGUCCGUCGACAUGAUCAAGCAACCCGACGAGAAGCACCAAAUCUACAGUUCGCUGUCGUGGAAUAUGGUUCAAGGUCAUCCGAGCUACCAGAUCAGGCUCACAAGCUGCUGGCGUCAAGUCGAGACCUACGGGAAGGAAAAGAUCAUCAAGCUUAGAACGGCCGCGUUUUUUUCUGCUAGAGCCCAUAUUUCUUGUCUCUUGUUUAACUCUGAUGCCGUUCCUAACAAGCAGAUCCUCACUGCUAAGAAGACUGGCGUCACCCUAAGAGAAACUAGAUCAACUUGUCUUGUAUUGAACGGGACUGAUGCCAAGAACGUCAACCUCUACGAGAAGAAGUCCUACAAAAUCGUGAUCUUCGUCUACGUAACUCACGGUCUACUAUCUCCUGGUGUUCUGGGCUUGGCUGAGGGCAAGACUGUCAUCGACAAGUCUCCUUACCUCCAGACAGACGGAGAUGUCGGGGCUGCCAAGGCUUUCGUUCAGGACAUGGUCGAGAAGAUUACUGGCCCCUCCGCUGGCUCUGCGCUUCGAAAGGACACCAACACCGCUGCUAUCAUCAAGGCUGUCACUAGUGGUAACCACUAUGCUGGUAUUGCCAAGACCGGUGCCAUCGUUGACACCAACGCCAACGUCUAUGGAACGGACAACCUUGAAAGUGUAUUCACUGCUUCUUUGCAUAAAUGCCGGCCUUUCAUUUACUAA